CGAUCGUCCAAUGCCCAGUCUACAACAACAUUCCGACAUUUGACUAUUGAGAUAGAUACGAUGCGCUAAAACAAGCUGUCCAUACACCAGGCUGUCUAUAACUACAUACUACAAAGCUAGUGGCACUGUGCGUUGUUUACUGGAACUAACUUAGUGUUAAUGGGGUAUUCUUGAACAACUUCAUUUUCCUAGAACAUUUCUGUAACACCAGGUACGUGAUAUGUGUAUCUAAAAUUUUAUACAUAUAACCAAAGGAGUAACUUCUUGGAUAUUGUCUGUUCGUUUUCACUGGGGCAGUCAACCCUCCUCACCCCCCUCCCCCCAGGUUCACCACUGGAUCUACCCAAAACGUUUUACAUAUCUUCCACCGUAUCAUGACGUAUAUCCAUUUACUACUAAUAUUUUUUUAAUUAGUCUACAUUAGUAUAUAAGUAGGUCUUGAUACAUCAAGUUAUCAUCGUAGGCUCAGAAGAUACGCUGUAGCAGACUAUGCGGACCAGUACACUCCGAUAUAAUAUUAUAUAUCAAUCACCACCUGGAGGUCAACUUUCAAUGUCAACAAUCUUGCGCGCAGUUCACGAUUGGGAACAGGUCGUCACGUGAUCUCCGUUGACCGAUUUUAAAAAACAUACGCCCAAAACAAUGAUCCCAAAACGUUGUUAAUGAAUUGUACGAGCUUCACAGUGAAUAGCCUUUGUGGUCAGGGUGAAUUUAAUCAUUAAACAAAAAUGAACAACGAUUAUUAAAUGUAUAUAGCAGCAGUGGCCGGUGGCAGUUUUUCUCUGGAUAUGGAGGCGCUGCAUUUUCGGCCCUUUCCGUGGAAGGGGGCAGAAAAACUCUUUGCCCGCCCCGGGCUGCACCUGGCCUCUCUAUGUCUUUGCCCACCCCGGGCUGCACCUACCUUCUCUUUCUUUAGCCGCCCCGGGCUGCACCUAACCGUCUAUAGCAGUGGUUCUCAACCUUUCUAAUGCCGCGACCCUUUAAUACAGUUCCUAAUCUUGUGGCGCCCCCAACCACAAAUUAAUUUUCAUUGAUACUAUAUAACUUUAGAGUAUAUGUGUUUUUAGAUGGUCUUAGGCAACCCCUGUGAAAGGGUGGGGCGACCCCCAAAGGGGUCUCGACCCACAGGUUGAGAACCGCUGCUCUUUAGGUACGGCUCUGUAUGGGACGCAAAAUACAUUGACAUAAACACAUUUUAACCUGGGGUUCCAUAAUUGCAGACGGUAAAGCUACACUGAAAGCUACUCAUAGACAGCCUGCAUGUGGACAAAUGACUGCUGGUGACAUUGAACGACAUCCUUCUUUUAGAUUUGAAAACUAUGCUUAGAGCGCCAAUCUAAUCGUAUGUCUACCAAUAUUUGCACUAAGACCUGUAAAAAUGUAUGUACCAAUUCGUGUACCGAUAUUUGUACUAAUAUAUGUAAUAAUGUUUGUAAAAAUGUGUGUACCAAUGUUUGCCCCAAUAUAUGUAAUUAUCACACGAAUGUUCAUACGAAUAUUAGGGUUAGGGUUAAAAAUAAAUGGGACCAUUACAUAGAUUGAGUUCUGCAAAGUGAUCAGGUGAUGGUGAAAUGUUCACCUGCCAUGCAUCUGAGACUGGCUUUGGUUUCAUCUCCAAGCAAUUUUCCCAAUUGAGAUUACACACAAAACGGUUUGGUACUUCAAUCUUAUUUUUUUUAAAUUUUAUAAAUAUGUAUAUCAAUUUAAUAUAUAUUUAAUGCCAUAAUUAUAUUAUUAUAAACAAUAAAUACUAUAGACAAAGGUUAUUUAUUUUAUACAUUUUUUGGUAUGUAUUGUCAUUUUGACUGGCCAUCAGUGUUUCUUUCAGAAAAUUUCACCGAGGGGAGGGGGACACUUUAGAUAGAGGGGGGGGCAGUGCCAGUGGAAAGAGGCGUAGUUAAGGUGGGCAUAGGGGAAAUAUAUCCCCGGUCGCCAGACUAGCGGGGUCGGGUAAUGGGCUAUACGGCUAUAGUGUUAAUGGGUGAAAAUAAUGGGUUUCAGAGUUUAGCGGGGGGAGGGGAGGAGAGUAAAAAUGAAUCUUGUCAUGUAUGACACUUUUUCCCCGUGCGUGAAAUUUGCUUGACCCAAAUUAGAUUCUUAGCACACGCUAAGUUCAUAGAUGGGCGUGGCUUAUCUCUUUGAUGUAUCGUGUUUAUUACCGACUCCCAAUUAAAGAUGAUUAGUAUGUCUCCGAUUAUCUUGUCGAAUGAUCGCGAUUUGUUCUAGAAACGUAAACAAAUGUUGAGUAGUUUCUGGAAGGCAGUGCUUACACUGCAUAUAUAAAGGGAUUGACAGACACGGAAUGAGAGAUUCAGAUAGAUAUUAUUAUAUUUACGAGACAAUUGUAUUAUUCUUUGUGUGCUCGUAUGUGUUUAGCCUAUUCGUAUUGAUCAUUCAUCAUUAUUAAUUGGCACUUUGUACUAGCAACUGUGUACCGGUACAAGAUUUUCAAAUACUCUGUAAGUUGAUGAUUUUUAAUUAUAUUUCUCUUGUUUUGUAAUUGUAUUAUGACUAAAUUAAAUCUUACUAAUUGUAAAUGCCAACUGUUUUUGCGUGUCGUAACUUUAUUAUUGUAUUUCUCUACGGUAUCGUCCUUUGUUGUGCACUGUGUGAACGAGCCAUAACUUAAAACAAGAGAUUAAUUUCUCACAAUAGAAGCCAGUGCGUAACACCAUCUUCUUUAGAUUUAGCGGUGGGAUUUUCGGACAACUGCAGAGUUUCCAUCGAGAAAGGUAGCGCGGCAAAACAGUUAACCUACCUAGAGCGGCGCUAAAAGUAGGCACGCCGCUGGGUAGUGUAUAUAUCAGCACCAAAAUUGGUUGCCAGGGCAAUAUUUUGAGGAAUCAGAAGAUUCUUGAGCAAAAGCGGGGGCAGGUGUCCCCCUUGAUUUAAAAAGAAUAAUUUCAAAAUGGGGUGAUGGAUUCUGGUGCAAAUUCAAUGUAUCUUUCAGACAAUGUGUGAAGGGGCAUUUCAGAAUUUCAUUUAUUUACUAUUAGGUGUAUCGUGGAGAAAUGCUAAGAAGACAACAUCAACAUACACCAAAUAUAUGUGGACUACAAAUCAACGUAUGAUAGCAUUGACAGGAAAUACCUGUAGGAUCCUUUCCUCGAACUUGGAGUCCCAAACAAACUUACCCGACUCAUACCAGAGAAGAUUGAUAUCUCCAAAAGUAGAAUCAAAGUACAGAGAGAGUAUUCGAGGGCGUUCCCAAUUAAUUAGGGCCUCAGACAAGGGAAUCCUUGUAUCCUUUUCAACAUAACGUUAAAAAAUGCAUUAGAAACAUACUUGUUAGCAGCAGAGAGGUAGUACAGAACAACCAUAAGUAACAUUAUAAAGUCAGCCCCUGUAGUACUUGGCAUACACAGACGAUCUAGCGCUACUUGGUAGAAACAGCAAUGAUAUAAUUAAAGCUUUCAGGGAACUUGAAGAUGUCACGGUCAAAACUGGUCUUAGUGUAAAUAAAGCGAAGACAAUAUAUAUGAUAAUGUCAGGACAUACGCACACUGAUGACAAGAUCAUUAUGAACAGCCACAUCUUUGAGAGAGUAUCUACUUUCAAAUAUCUAGGGGUGACUUUAAGUAAGUAAAAGGAAAGGAUGCGGCUAUUCGGACCCGUUGAGAGUUUGGGUUUAUUAAAAAAUAUUUAAAAAUUGUUGUAGGGUUUGUAAGACAAAAUUUGGUAUCAAAUGAAAAAUAAUUGAAUUAACUUAUUGUUUGUAAACUUUCUUCUUCAGUUUAACUACAAUAAACGACCACAAAUGACAAAUGACAUCCGAAAAGAAUUUAGUAAAAAAUGGAAACGGAAACCUAUCGCCGCUAUUCGGACCCGGGUCCCAUUAGACUCAAGCUAUUUUAGUUUGCAAACAUAUAGUCCAUUCAAUUAUCCUUCAUUUGAUAUCAAAUUUAGUCUUACAACCUAAUAAUAAUAUUUUAUUUUAAAUUUGAAUCCCAACCUCUCAUUAUGCGGACCCGGGUCCGAGUACCCACUUCGAAAAGGAAACACAAUCGGAGGUGAAAGAAAAGAAAACAGCAUGCAACCGUUCUUAUUUCAACUUUAAAAAGCUACUACGAAGCAAAAACCUCUCUAGUGGAAUAAAGAAGCAUUAUGCACCACCAUCAUAAGACCAGUAGUAGCUUAAGCAAGUGAGACUUGGUUCCUCCUAGAAAAGCAGAGAACCUGCUCAAUAUAUGGCCCGAUGAUAGACAAUUUUGUUUUGGGAAUCCGUUCAAGCCAAAAGCAAUAUUAAUUGUACAAAUACCCACCCAUAGUCCCAACAAUAAAAAAAAAAGGCAGACUGCUCUGAACAGGACACAUUGAAAGAAUGCCGGAUUCUAGUGCAGCAAAAAACGAUCUACAUGCAGAAACCUAGGUCAGACGGCUAACCGGUCGACCAAGACUGAGAUGGAUUGUCUAUGUAAUAAUAAUAAUAAUAAUAAAGUUCAUUUCAAAAACACGCUUCAUCCCCAAAGGCUCGAAGCGCAGUACAAAGUCAACAAAAAACAAAUCUAUAAUUUACCACAUUUUAAACAAACGCAACGUACAAAAGGACUUACAAAGGUUGGAGUCAAACCCGAUUUGUGGCCGACUGGCCGAGCCGCACUAAGCUCCCUAAAGAUCCGUAUGCGGCUCGCAAGCCAUGAUUCGCCGACCACUGCAAUAUCAAUAGGCUAUUAUUACUAUAAAUUAUAAAUGGUUCAUUGCUUCCUACUGUGAUUAUUUUAAAAUACAUUAAAUAUGUAGGCUAUCAUUAGACCUACACUACAUACAAUACAUGGCAGUUCAUGACAUGACUAACUUUAUUUAAUUAAAUGAAUUUAUAACCUUUUAAAGGAGUUAAAGUUAAAGCCUUAUUUUUACUAUUGUCAAAAGUAUUGGUGACCACCUUCAGUCAAUUUUACAUGAAAUCCAAGUUAUUUGUUUUUAUUUUGCAAGAAAAAAAUAUCUUUCCAUUAAAUCAUCAAUGCUACAAAAAGCUUACAUGAUUUCUAGGAUUUCAAACUAUGAAAAAUAUAUUAUGACUUAACAGCUCCAAUUUAAAUAAUGCUGCAGCUUAUUCUGCCCACUGUUUAUUAAUUAUGUUUGACGUUUUUCUCAGUUUAGUGAUAAACAGUAGAAUUGAAACCUAAUCCCACAGACAUGCGUCAAUCCUUUGAUCUCUCGAAGUACAAUGUCUCCUAUGACAUUGGUUUUGUACUUAUGAGUCCUCUGGUAAGAUUGUUCAAUACUUAAAUUAAAAUAAAUGGAGCACAAAAUUUAAGGCUAUGUUUUGCAUUUUAAUUUUAGAAAUAAAAAAAGUGACACUUCUAAUGUUAAACCACAUAAGCUUGUUAUAUUUGAAACUUCUUAGAAUGUUUUACCUUUUUAACCUCAAUUUAAUAACUGAUAUUUUUCUAAUUUGAUAGCUCAUAAUCUUAAUUUAAAAAAUGAAAAUAAAAUAAAUAUUUAAGUACAUAUAACAGCAUGCAUAUUAAUUACAUUUUUUAAAUAGAUAAAAUACUCCUUUACUUUGUGUAAAAAUUUCCUACAUUGACAAUAAAUCAUUUCAGAAAACCCUUCCGUCCUACUUCAAUCCCUGGAAUGAGCUUGCUGAAUCUCUUCCUAAGUUGAUGAGGGAGAAGAAAGUCAGAGAAGCUGUCAGGCGGGUAUGUGGUUUCCCCAUCUAUUUAAAAAACAACAACAUUGAAAUAUGCUAAUAUGAAAAAAUGCUGAGUUUGAGUGUUGGAUUCAUGCCCAAUUUGUUCAGUACCUAUAGGAUGUUAUGUUUUAACUUUCAUUGUAUAGUUGGUAGAUGUGAUGAAAAAUAUUAAAUUAAAUAGGUCUAAUACUACUAUUUUUUCAUUCAUAAAUAUUUAAAAAAACAAAACAUGACAUUUUGGUUAUUAAUCAGUUUUUUGACACACUGGUAGAAAUCUAAAUUUUAAUUUGCUGAUAUUGAGGAAAGAAAUUAACUUUUGUUAUUUAACUAGAUCAUUUUAAACUUUGAUACUAAAAGCAAAAAUCUGAAGACUUUCUUUUGAAGGAAAUGGAUCUUUUUAAUCCAAAUUAAAAGAAUUUUUCUUUAUCUUAUUGUUGAGAAUAAACUUUUUUAUAACAUUAAAAGAAUUUAUAAAUGGAUAAUUCAACUUUCCACAACAUUUUACUUACUAGCUGCCAUUGUUAGACCAUAGCCAACUUGUUGGACACAGGCAAUUAAGACUAGCACAUCUUCAAUUGAGUUUCAUUACUGCUGGCUAUGUUUGGCAGGAUGGUGAUAAAGGUGUACCACAGGUAAGACGGUAAUUUCUGUAAGAUUUUAUGAAAUUUAUUUUAAUCUGAUUUAAUCUCUUUCAGUUCUGGGUAUCUGAUAUAAUUUUAUGAAGAUUAUGUAAUUUCUUUCAGUUCUGGGUAUUAUGUACCUUUGUGAAGAUUAUGUAAUUUCUUUCUGUUCUGGGUAUCUGAUGUAACUUUGUGAAGAUUAUGUAAUUUCUUUGAGUUUCAAAAUCAAGCAAUAAAGUCUUUCAACUUAUUAAGGCUGAAAUCACUCUGGCUCUGUAUUUCCCCAGCAUCCAAGACUGACAUACAAAACCGAAAUUUGCAACAACAAAAAAAAACAAUAACUUGAACAAAGUGAAGAAGCUCAUGGUAGCUUUAGUAAAGAUUGAUCAGUCAGUGCUUUGCUGACAUGUACCAACAACCAUCAGUCAAAUACAGAGACAGUGUGAUUGUUGCCUAAGAAACAAUGCUUUAAGGACUAAAAAACAGAUAACCUUGAAAAAAAAAAUUGUCUAUUUCUUUGGAAUGCAGAUCAAUUCCUGCGGUUCAAAUUCACUUACAAGUUUAAGAACAGUUCUAAAUAAUCUUUUCUAUCUGUUUAAAUAUUUCGUUGUUGAUUAUAUCUCUUUUGGAAAUCUUAUCCUAUGAUCACCAAAAGCAUCAAAUUUAGCUUAUUGUUUAGAUUAUUUAAAUAUUCAACUUCUCUCCAGGUAUUACCAAAAUGCGUGGCCUUCCCAUUUUACAACAUUUCAAAAGAACUAGGCAUCCAGCCCAUCUUAGGGCAUGUUGACCUGGCACUGGCCAACUACCACCUAAUUAACCCGAGUGGGUAAGUAAUCACAUGGGUCAAUCUACUCAUGUAUCAGCAUUUAGUUUCAUGGCAGACAAUCCUACAAUCUUUUCUGCUUGAUAUUUUCCAUGUAUAGCCAAAGUUCAGAAUGUUAGAAAAAUUUUUGAGAAUGUCUCUUAAGUAUUGUAAAAAAAAAAAUUGAUAUCAUGAUUUAAAGAUGUGGUUUGAUGGCAUUAAAAAGAACUACCCAAAAUGUCCUCUUUAGUGAGUCUCGUCAAUCAUCAUUUUUAUAUCAUUAGAAGUUGAAACUAUUGCUGUGAUUUUGUUUGCUAAACUGGUUUUAUAAGCAUAGUUGUUACUACUUAUGCUUUUAGCUGAUUGUGUUAUUUUUAAUUUGUGGGUACAGUGAGAUUGUCCAAUUUGUUUGUUGAUUUUUUCAUCUCUGCAGGCCUUAUGAAAUUGAGUGAGUAUUCAAUGGAACUCAUUUUUAAACAAGGUAUUUUUUUAAAAUUAGAUGCAAUAAAAAAAAUCCCCCCCCCCCAUAUAUCAACUAAUAUGAGUGACAUUCAUAAAUGUUAUGAUUGAACUUUUCAAAUGAGAAUCUAUUUUAAGAACUUGGCUUUUCUAAGCUCACUCUAUUAUAAAAUAAAUUUUUUUUUCUUUCACCACAGCUUUUUUAAGUUUAAACAAUUGAAAUUUUAAAAAUUUGUUCUUUUAUAUUUAAAAACAUUAAAAUGGAAAUUGUGGGAAAGGUAGGGAUAAUAGAGGGAAAGAGAGUAAUAAAGAUUAUGAUACUUAAACACACUAAUCAUUUUUUUUGAAGACAGGAGACUUAUUCAAACUCAAAAAUUAUUUUCGAAAAAUUAUUUGGCUAUCUUUUCAGCAAAUUUAAAUGUAUUAAUUCAAUGUGAACCAAUUGAUAAGUUUAAAAAUUUGUUUUAUUAUUUUUAAAACAUUAAAUUUCCCUCCUUAUCUCCCGAGAAAUUAAAUUUGAUCUGUUGCAAAACAAUGAUAUUUGAAACAUGUUUUUUGAAGAAACUUACAGUGUUUGUAUCACAUCCCUGGUGGGUUGGCCGGAGACUGGUUUUGUGUUGUGACUUUCAUGCUGGAAUUCAGUUUUGCAAGGUGUUUGAAGGUAAAUGAAAACUGGAAAUAAAGAAACCCUUCCUCAAGAUACAAUGAAACAGAUUUGCAACCUACUAACUGUACUACCGUAACAUAUAUUAAGGAAAUACAGAGGCAUUCAUACCUCCAGCCUGAAUUUGUCUCUUGUAAGCACUUUCCUAUUCGAAGUGUUUUUACAUUAUGACACAGGAAGAAUUUCUAAAAAAAAAAUCAUCCAUAAAUGAGAUCCCACUUAAUGCCUCUGGCUGUUUGUCUUUCAUUGUAAACAAACAAAAAUGCUCUCUACCCCAAAUAAUGAUUGAUAGAUAAAAUAGCUGUAACAAGUGUUCAAAUAAAUGAUCACUCCUGAGACAGCUGAUCCAAGUUGAUGUAACUGUUCUUUACAGCAUCUUGUAAGGAUACUGGAUCUGCUGGAAGUGGCACAUGUACAGAUGAGAGCUGACGAGAAGGGGUGCAAAGAUACUGAGCGCAAAGAUAAUGAGCGCGAGAUGGCUGAAUGUCUGGAUGACAUCACAUUGGCUGUCCAGAACAUGGAGGCCUCACUUGCCAGAAUGCAUGGUAUGAUUUCUAGUCAUUAUUAUCUGAUUAUUGCUUACCUUUAUGUUUUUUAGUUUAUUAUCCAAUAUAAAAUGUAUUACUGUUAACAUAAUGCUCCAGUGAGAGUAUCACCGAUAAAGAGAUUUAAUAUUUAAAAUGAUUAUUUUGACGUCACAUCAUGCUCAAGUUUUUAGGUUUUUUUUUUAUUUAGUAAAAAAUCAAUAAAAAGUGGUCGACCAUAUUUCUCACGAUGCCACACGAUUACUAUGUGGCAUGGGAGUACUGCAAGUUUACAUCAUCAAUAUGUUGAAAUUCCCUAAUGCUAAUGUAAUUGAAAUUUAAAGAAUUAUGAAUAAAAAUGGGAACCAAACUUUUGUUUAAAAAACGUAUAUUCUGAUUAUCACAGUGUAUUGAAGGGGUUCUUUCAAUGUUCUUGUCUUUGAUCUAACUCAAAAUGUCAUCGUAAUGAUACUCUGUUCUUAAAAACUCAUACACUGACCAUUGAUGGAUUUCAAAAACAACUACAGACAACUGAACAACGAAGAGUUACAAGAAUGUUUCUCGAUAACUAACAUAGCUAAUCUAAGGAAUGCUUGAAUUUCCAUUAUUCUUGUAAAGAAUUUUUUAACAAUUGUCUAUUUCUAAUUUCUAUAUAUUCUACAGAUAACCUUGAUGCCAAAAUGUUUUUUAACGUCAUUCGUCCAUUUCUUGGAGGGUAAGCUCAACAACCAACAUUCAUUAUUCUCUAUGUAACACUAUAGACACUAUCCUAAAGGUUCAGUAGUGUGCAAAAUAAAAUAAAUUCCAGAUAACUGCGCUAAAUGGGAUUCUUAAAAAUUCAGCAAGUGCGUUUGGUGCGCACUAUUUUCUUUUGUCGUACAGAAAUAGUUGGUGUGAUAAAUCUCCAGUGGAAAAGAGUGUGAGACAUUAGAAUAAUUCAUAUGGUUCAAUAGCGAUGACAUACCAGGGGUGUACACACCAAUAUGGAAUAUUAUAAAAUGUGUUACUUGAAGGCAUAUUUUGUCAAGUAACUUCAGUUGCGGGGAAGUUGACACAUUGCUGGCCGGCUAAAGCUACCGUAUUUUACUGACUAUAAGAAGCCACGGACCAUAAGACACACCUUAAUUUUUAAGCAAUUAAAAAAAAAAACAUUUAUGUAUAUUAUAUUAAUUUCGAGUAUAAGAUGCAUCUGAACUUUAGAGGCAAUUUUUAGAAGAAAAAAGUGCAUAUUAUAGUCCGUAAAAUACGGUAGUAGAAUUAUAAAAUUCAUACUGCCCAAUAAAAUUUUAAGGUUUAAGAAAAACAUUGAAUUCCUAAUUGUAUUGUAUUGAGUUUUAAAAAAUAAAUCACACACAUUGCAAUUUUUUUUUUAAAUGUGUCCUUUUAUUGACCAGUUGGGGUGGAGAAGGAAAUGCACUUCCAGAUGGAUUAAUUUAUGAAGGAAUCUCAGAUUAUCCAAUUAAGGUCAGAGCAUAAGUCAAUCAAAUGUUGUAUUCUUCACAAAAUGUCUUUAUUACUUUCAUAUGUACUACAUUCACAUUUAUCAAAGUUUUAAUUAAAUUUAUCUAUUGUUUAUUGUAUUUUCUGCUGAAGAAAACAUUUAGCCAAAAUGUCCAUUUAAUUGCCUUGUCUUUUAUUUUUAAGCCUAAACAUAUUAUCUUGUAACAAAAUGAAUUUAAAGGUUGUUUUUUUUAUUUUGUAAUACCUAAAAUUUAAGUGUUAAUCCAGGAAACAAAAUUCUUUUAAAAAAAAAGACAAAAAAAUAGAUUGUCAAAACAGACUUUCACACUGAUAAAAUGGGAAUCUAAAAUUUAUUAUUGGUUAUACAGUUAUAAACUUCUAUUGUAUUCUUAAGAUUGCUACUUCUUUCUUGUCUUAUAUUUUAUUGGGUUCAUGCUAAUUGAAUAAAAUAUUCUGUUCACAAUGUGCCAAUGUAUGAUACCCCUUGCCUUACCACAGAUGCCUGGAGGCAGUGCAGCACAAAGCACAACAUUGCAGAUUUUAGACGCACUGCUAGGAGUUGAACACACUGAAGGUAGGCUUUCAAAAAUAGUUGUUGUUUUUUUUGGUGUUGCUACAUGUCACCCCUAGUUCUACAUCAGCAGCUGUAAAAAUUGCUAUAUGUUUAAAAGUUUAAAAAAGAAAUCACUAUGUCAUUGUUAUAAUUUGAGAACCGUGAGUCAUGACUAACCCACAUUAUUCACAGCCAGAAUUAAAUGAUGAUCUAAGGCCAAAUCUACACCUUUAAUUAUCUCCAUUAGUUUGCCAACAUUUAAUUAAGUAAUUUUUGAAAAUAUCCUUACAGAAUUAAAUGAAGCUUAUAUUUUUUUUAAAUUUCAACAGUACACACAUUAUAGCAUCCUGCACAUGUUCAGUUCAUUACAUGUGUUAAUUCCAGUCUAAAUAUGUCCUACUACACACAUUAUUCUCUUUUAUUACUCAAUCACGCCAGACAAAAGAGCUUUUUUAGUGCACAUGCGAAGCUUCAUGCCCCCAGACCACUGUCGUUUAAUUGUGGACCUCGAGCAAAAAAGACCACACAAGCUGAGAGAUUUAGGUAAUUUGAUAUUAGCCAAUGAUGACUUGGCCAUGUAGAUAAUAAGACACACUUAAGAUGAGAUUUGGGUUAUUUUAUCUUAGUCAAUGAUGACUUGGCCAUGUAGAUAAUAAGACACACUUAAGAUGAGAUUUAGGUAAUUUGAUCUUAGUCAAAGAUGACUUGGCCAUGUAGAUAAUAAGACACACUUAAGAUGAAAUUUGGGUUAUUUUAUCUUAGCCAAUGAUGACUUGGCCAUGUAGAUAAUAAGACACACUUAAGAUGAGAUUUAGGUAAUUUGAUCUUAGUCAAUGAUGACUUGGCCAUGUAGAUAAUAAGACACACUUAAGAUGAAAUUUGGGUUAUUUUAUCUUAGCCAAUGAUGACUUGGCCAUGUAGAUAAUAAGACACACUUAAGAUGAGAUUUAGGUAAUUUGAUCUUAGUCAAUGAUGACUUGGCCAUGUAGAUAAUAAGACACAUUCAAGGAGAAAUUUGGAUAAUUUGAUCUUAGUCGACGAUGACUUGGCCAUGUAGAUAAUAAGACACACUCAAGAUGAGAUUUGGGUAAUUUGAUUAUAAUAAUUGAUGACUUUGCCUUACACUAUCACAUACUGAGGGGUUUAUUUAGGAAGUGAUGUUAUUUAACUUGUCAGUACUUUAAGAGCUGGCUGUGUCAAAAUGAAACAAGAAAAUGUACUUUUCAAUAUUUCUAGUAAUCUUAACAAAUUGUCUUCAUCUCAUUUAUAAUUAUUUAAUACUAAGGGAGAGAAGUUUUAUGGUGUAUGGUGGCUGCUUUUUUUAAAAUUUGAGAAUACUUUAGAUGUCUCAUGUUUAAUUUGUAAUAGUUUUAAAAUGUUGUCCUGAUAAAAAUAUUUAUCUAUGUUGUUAUGUAGACGUCUGGCUUACAUCGUCAAUUUAGUGCUUGAGCUUGGGAGACCCCAAGUUUGGCAAGACGAUGGGUGUGGCCUAAUUAUAAAUAGUCUCCCUUGACUCCAUGUAAACACACCCAAUAGUCGAAUUCUGUAGAAUUUACAAGGCGGCCCUUGAUACAGAUGUAAUGUCUGGACUCUUUCUGGAAAAGUCUCUAUGAAAUACUAUAAAUAAGCCGAUCGGUCUAGCUCGGUAGACUAGAUGGAGACUGCGGGACAAAGAGAGAGAGACAGAGAUUGCAAUUAUGAUACAAUUCGAUAGUGAGACUAAUAGACUGACAUACGGUACGAUUGUAGAUUUGCAUAUUCUAUUUAUUGUACGUGUGUGCGACUUCCCAACAUUGUACCAGUACCAGUUCAUUGCUGUACCGUAAGUGAAUAGUUUUAUUCUCUUUGAUUUUGUGUUGUAAAGUUAGCUUAAUAAAUUAUAAUUUGUAGUUAGCACUAGUUUGGGUAUCGUACUUAAUUACUGUAUUUAAUUAAUGGCACCAUCCCUUGUUGUGUACUGUUUGUCACAAGCCAUAUAGUCAAAUAAGAGAUUAAAUUCUCUACACAUUUAGAGCAGUACGUAACAGUGUGCUGAAAAUAAAUAUAGGCCUAUACAAUGCAAUAAAAAAAUUGCCAUUUAUUUGGAGUAUAAAAGGAUCUUAAACUGAGAAUUAUUGGUAGAAAUUGUGGCUUAUCUUUUCAAUAUCAUUUACUAACUGAAACAGAAAUUAUAUGUGUUUGAAGUGUUGCAUGAAACACUGUAUUAAAUGCAACCAUUCAUCAUUUCAAUUGAGUCAACUUUUAGCCAAGAACUCUACGAGGCCUACAACAACUGUGUCUCUGCACUGGUGCACUUGAGAAAUUACCACAUACAAAUUGUGACAAAGUUAGUAAUUUAUGUAAUCAACAUUUUUUUUGCCACAAAAGAAGUCUAUGUUGAUUCAAGGAUAAAGAUUUUUUUAGUGUUUGUCAUUUGCAAUCCUAGAGUGGAAGGGGGUGGGCACUGUUGGGGUUUACAUAUAACAUUAUAUAAAUAGUGUAUAUGUAUGUGUGUGUUAAGGGGUAUACUUUUGAGAGUUCGCUCCAGGCGGAAUUAAAUCAAGAUCUGCCACUGGCUUAAGUGCACUAAGUGAAAAUUAUUCUUUUUUUUUUUUUAACCUUCAGGAGCUAAUAGAUUGUAAAUGGCUGUUAUUGAAGGAUUUAAAAGCCAAACAUUUUUAGACUACAUUUUGAGCUUUAAUUUUCAAGCUUAAUAAUAUUGUUUAAAAUGCCAAUCCAAUAAAAUUAAUUUGUCAUUUAAUUUUAUUCAUUUUGGAUCAAAUAAACCAAAUAUAUGUUUAAUGUUUAUUUAAGAAAUUAAUUAAUAACUUAAUUUAAAGUAUAAAGCUGCUAUUGAAAAAAAAACCACUAUAAGUUACUUAAGGAAACAAAAGAUGUCAAUUUCUUAAAUUAUUAUUCUUUUUUUUUUAAUUUGAAAAUUUAUUUUCCGUUUUGCUUCCCAUUAAUAACCUUGGAGGCAAAAUAAAUUCAAAAUUGUGUUUUUUUAAGUUUCAUUAAAUUUUUUUUUUUCAAAGUUAUCAUUAUGUAAUAAAAUGAUUUUAAUUUCCCAGGUAUGUUAUUCAAGCUUCACAAACUGUAAAUAAAGGCAACUACGAGAGCUUGGAUAAAAAAGGCACAGGAGGAACAAGUAAGUGUAGUAAUUUAUGAGUAAAUAGCUCUUAACAUCACAUUUUCUACCAUAGAAACAUAUCCAUAAUAUUUAGAAUUCAACAAUCUUCAAUAAUAUUUCAAUUAGAUCUAGUUAUACAUUGAUGUGUUGAUUCUAUGUUACAACAUUGGUUAAUAAAAAUUUGGUUUUGCUUUCUAUUUAGAGAAUAAUCACAUUGCUUCUCGCUGAAGUUCUUUUAUAUAUCCUGCUGAUUUUCAAAAUUAAUUUUUAAUACUUUUUUAGGGUGCAUCAUUGAGAGCAUUUUAGUUUCAGACUUUGAUAAAAGAUUCAGCUAUUUAUAUAUGCAGGUACUUAUUAUAUUUUUUGAAUAUAAUUGUAUUCCAAUUCAAGUUGCAAUUAUUAUUAUUUUUUUUUAUUUUUUAUUUUUUCCAUUAGGUCUCAUUCCAUUUUUGAAAGACAUCAGGUCAGACACUCAGAAAAAGAUAAUGCCCAUUCCACACGCACAGAGUAAAAAGUCACAAGGGAAACUGAUGUCAUGGCAGAAGGUUGCGGUCGUUGUCGCCAUAACAGCAUCUAUGGCAGUUGGUGCCAUAAAACUUCUCAAAUACAAGUGAGGUGGAUCUCAACUUUGUAAUCUGGGGGACUUUGUGUGAAAAAUUAGGCUUUGUUGUAUUCGUUAAACUUUAUUGUAUGGCAUUAGUGCCUUUCAAAUUUCAAAUAUUUAUGUCGUGUGAACUUUCAAACAAUUAUUUAGAUCCCUGGCUCCUACUAUCUAUGAAAUUGCCACACACAAAAAAUUGCUGAACUUAGAAACUAGAGGAAGUUUGUUAGAUCAGAAAUAAUGGGACAAUUUUUUUAAAAAUAAAUUUUAUUAAAAAGUUUACAUUAUGCCCAUUUCUAAAAUCUCACCUUCUGUUAGAAAAUUUUUUAAAAAUUAAAAAUAAUUUACGCUUAACAAAUUUAAUUUGAAUUAUUUUCUGUUCAUACCAGUUGGUUGCAAACAAACUGUUUUCGUACUAAUUUCAAGUGAUCCAUUUCAUCUGACUUUAUGUUAAUUAUAUAAAAAGUACAUUUUUAUACAUUUCCAAAAGUUGCAUAAAAUAUCUUAAUUAUUUAAGACUUGACUUUUGAUGAUGUGGAUCCUUGGGGAAAAAUUAAUAUUUAAGUGUGAGGAUUUAUUUUAGUUUUUUUAAACAUUAGUGCAUGCUACUUCCAUAGGUAGGGACCCCUGAAAAUAAUAAUGAGGUUUGAGUUACCUAAAGAAGGAUUAUAAAAAAUAAUCCCUCAAGAAAAUUAUUUUAUUUGUCAAUUCUGAGAGAUUGAUAUGGUGACAGUUUUAAGUGAUACAAACAAAGUGCAUCUGAGAAGUUACUGGCAUAAAGCAUGGGGUAUAAGCAUGGGCUCUAAACCAUGGGCUCUAAACCAUGGGCUCUAAACCAUGGGCUCUAAACCAUGGGCUCUAAACCAUGGGCUCUAAACCAUGGGCUCUAAACCAUGGGCUCUAAACCAUGGGCUCUAAAUCACCAUAACAAUAAAAGUGUGAGAUGGAAGCAAUUUCUUAAGCUGGCAAAAAAAUGGAAAGAUGAUUAUAAAAUGUACUUAGCUGGUAAAAAAGAAGUUCUCCACUUGCUGAAUUGAACAUUGACAUUCUCAUAUUUGAUGAACAGAUGAAAACAUACAAAAUUAAACAUGCAUUUUUAUUUAC